AUGUUAUGGGUAAAUUCGGUUCAUCCUAAUACACGCACACCACUUUUUUGUUCUUUGGAACAAACAAAACCCCUCCAAUAUGUUCAGGUAUCCGAUGUUGUUGUGGAACCCUACAAUGCAGUUCUGGCCAAUCAUCAACUGAUCGAACUGUCCGAUGAGACAUUUGUGAUCGAUAAUGAAGCGUUAUACGACAUUUGUUAUAGAACCUUGAGACUGAGCAAUCCAACUUACGGGGAUUUGAAUCAUCUGGUCAGUGCAACCAUGUCUGGUGUGACCACAUGUUUCCGAUUCCCCGGACAAUUGAAUGCGGAUCUGCGCAAACUGGGCACUAAUUUGAUCCCGUUUCCCCGAUUACACUUCUUUAUCCCCGGAUUCGCACCGCUCACUUCGCGACACGCCCAAGCCUACCGAUCGUACACGGUACAUGAUCUGACACAACAAAUGUUUGACGUGCGAAAUCUGAUGGCCGCAUGUGAUCCGAGACGAGGUAAAUAUCUCACGGUGGCAACUCUGUUUCGUGGUCGUGUCUCGAUCAAGGAGGUUGAUGAGGAGAUGUUGAAUAUCCAGAACAAGAAUUCCGCCCACUUUGUGGACUGGAUUCCGAGUAAUAUCAAGACUGCAGUGUGUGAUAUACCGCCCCGAGGAAUGCGUACCGCGGUCACAUUUAUCGGCAAUAGUACAGCUAUCCAGGAAAUUUUCCGUCGAAUCGGGGAGCAAUAUUCCGCUAUGUUUCGACGUAAAGCAUUUGUGCACUGGUUCACCGCGGAAGGAAUGGAUGAGGCCGAAUUCAUGGAGGCUGAAUCAAAUCUGAAUGAUCUAAUCAAUGAGUAUCAGCAAUUUCAGGACAUUGUUUGA